GAGUUUUGACAAAAAAUAAUGACAUUUGACAGCAUGGCGUCCACCGCUUUGGAUUCGGAAAUAACAAAAAGCGAUAAAUAUUCAAUAUUAUUGCCCACAUACAAUGAAAGAGAGAAUUUACCGAUUAUAAUAUGGCUUAUUAUUAAAUACUUGGAUACAAGCGGCUACGAUUAUGAAGUAAUAGUAAUUGAUGAUGGAAGUCCAGACGGCACCUUGGAGGUUGCAAAGCAGUUGCAAAAACUCUAUGGUUCGAGCAAAAUCGUACUUCGGCCGCGAGAGAAAAAACUAGGUUUAGGUACUGCUUACAUACACGGUAUACAGCAUGCCACCGGGAAUUUUAUCAUUAUUAUGGAUGCUGACCUAAGUCACCAUCCAAAAUUCAUCCCAAAGUUCAUAGAGCUGCAAAGGGAGCAUGACUAUGACCUGGUAUCAGGCACUCGAUACAAAGAGGGAGGUGGCGUUCAUGGUUGGGACUUCAAACGCAAGCUCAUCUCCCGCGGUGCCAACUUUGUCACACAGCUGCUGCUGAGACCUGGAGCAUCUGACCUUACUGGCUCAUUUAGAUUGUAUAAGAAAGAUGUACUUCAAAAACUAAUUGACAGUUGUGUCUCCAAAGGCUAUGUUUUCCAAAUGGAAAUGAUUAUCAGGGCUCGUCAACUAGACUACACUAUAGGCGAAGUGCCAAUCACGUUCGUAGACCGCGUGUAUGGAGAGUCGAAGCUCGGCGGUUCAGAGAUCGUGCAGUUCGCAAAAGCCUUGCUAUAUUUAUUCGCUACUACAUAAUACUGUUAUUUAUACAUUCCUAUUGUUAAUAAAUCAUAUAAUAUACUUUAAUAUAUAA